AUGGGGUCCGCUGUAUCAUGGAACACUAUGCUGAUAAUCGGAGAUUACUACUACAAGUUGUUCCCGCGAUACCAUCCUGAAAGGGUUCUUACGGUUAUUUGUCAAACAUUUGCAAUUGGAUCAAUGGCUAUAUUGACUUACAAGGAAGCAAUUACGAACACCCCAAAGAGAAACAUAAUUGGAUAUACUCUUUUCUGUGUGAGCACUCUUAUACUCAUUGUGUUGGACUUAGCGACAUCGGGCCAGGGAGGGAUAGGACCUUACAUUGGCAUAUGUGUUAUUGUGGUUGCUUUUGGCGUUGCUACUGCACUGGUUCAGGGUGGAGGGACUGGAGAUCUAUCCUUCAUGUCUCCUGAGUUUGUUCGAUCCUUUAUAGCUGGUUUGGCUGCAUCAGGGGUUUUGACGUCAGCUUUGAGGCUUAUGACAAAAGCCGUUUUUGGUAAAUCUGAUGAUGGGGAACGCAAUGGUGCAAGUAUGUAG